CCCUCUCUUUCUCUCUCUCUCUCUUCAUAAUAAGUUCCCAAUCAUUUCCCAUUUCUCAUCAUUAAAUAAACAAAAAUUCACAACCACAAUUGGACAAUUUAUUUUAAUUCUUUCCUUUUUUAUUUUGAACAAAAAAACAAUAUACUUUUAUACCUUCCUUAUUCAUAACAACAGCAAUCAAUAAAGAGGGUUCAUUCAUUCCUCCUUGUUAUUUCUGAACCUACCCACAAUUUCAAACAUAUUCUACCGAUUACAUUUCCCACUUUACAUUACUUCAUUCAUUGCUCUCUCAACACUACUGUUCAAAAAUCUAAUCUUGUGAUUCAACAACGUUGUUGCUUUCUUUGAUGGGUGGUGGUGUUUCACAAAAGGGUUCCUGGAUAUUAUUUUUCACUAGAAGGAAGCAGGUUGAUUCACCACGUCAAAACACUAAGCCUCUUCUUGCUAAAGAGUUAUCUGUUUAUCAUCUCAUUGCAAUUGGUGUUGGUUCAACAAUUGGUGCUGGAGUCUAUGUUUUGGUUGGAACAGUAGCUAGAGAGCAUUCUGGACCGGCUUUGGCUAUUUCUUUUCUGAUUGCUGGGUUAGCAGCUGGUCUUUCAGCCUUUUGUUAUGCAGAGUUAGCUUGUAGAUGCCCUUCUGCUGGGAGUGCAUAUCACUAUUCAUACAUAUGUCUUGGAGAAGGUGUUGCUUGGUUGAUCGGCUGGGCCUUGUUACUGGAAUAUACGAUUGGUAGCGCUGCUGUUGCUCGUGGCAUAACCCCUAAUCUUGCUCCACUUUUUGGUGGUCUGGACAAUCUACCGUUCUUUUUGUCACGCCAGCAUAUUCCUGGGAUUGAUAUUGUCGUGGACCCAUGUGCAGCAAUUUUGGUAUUACUUGUUACAGGACUCCUAUGUUUGGGGAUCAAGGAGAGCACAGUGGUACAAGGCAUAGUGACAUCAGUGAAUGUAUGUGCAUUGCUUUUUGUGAUAGUAGCUGGUGGUUACAUGGGAUUCAAGUCUGGAUGGGUUGGAUAUGAACUUCCUACCGGAUAUUUUCCCUUUGGAGUUGAUGGGAUGCUUGCUGGUUCUGCGACAGUCUUUUUUGCAUAUGUAGGUUUUGAUGCAGUUGCCAGCACUGCUGAAGAGGUGAAAAAUCCUCAACGAGAUUUGCCACUAGGCAUUGGUGCUUCACUGUUUCUAUGUUGUGGAAUGUAUAUGCUGGUCUCUGUUGUUGUGGUUGGUUUAGUACCUUAUUAUGCUAUUGAUCCUGAUACCCCCAUAUCCUCUGCAUUUUCCGACCAUGGGAUGCAAUGGGCCGCCUACAUUAUAAAUGCUGGAGCUUGCACAGCUCUCAUCUCAGCGUUGAUGGGUGGGAUACUUCCCCAGCCACGAAUUUUGAUGGCUAUGGCAAGGGAUGGACUACUGCCACCAUUUUUUUGUGACAUAAAUAAGCACACUCUAGUUCCUGUCAAGGGCACAAUAAUUACCGGCCUAGCUGCUGCAGUCUUAGCAUUUUCUAUGGAAGUCUCUGAUCUUGCAGGGAUGGUCAGUGUGGGGACUCUUUUAGCAUUCACCAUGGUGGCAAUAUCUGUGCUGAUCCUUAGAUAUAUUCCUCCAAAUAAAGUCCCAGUGCCUCCUUCUCUCCAGGAUUCAAUUGUAGAAAUCAAAGUCGAAUAUGAAGAGGAAAAUAUCGGUACUUCUGAAGUCUCAAAACCUUUAGAUGUUACGCGAGAUUUCUCCAUUGAUUACCCUCUUAUUUCUAAACACCGUUCCAAAGGCAACCAUCUAAAUAGAAGAAGAGUUGUUGGGUGGACCAUAGCGAUCAUAUGCUUAGGGGCGUUUGUCCUCACAUAUGCAGCUUCAUGUUUAACUUUCCUUAGUUCUGUUCGCUUUGCAUUGUGUGGAGUUGGAGGCACUCUUCUUGUUUCUGGGUUCGUCUUCCUAACCUGUAUGGAUCAAGAUGAUGCAAGGCACGACUUUGGUCACUCUGGAGGUUUCGUAUGUCCAUUUGUUCCACUGCUUCCUGUAGCUUGCAUUCUCAUCAAUUCCUACCUACUUAUUAAUCUUGGAGCGGAAACAUGGUUGCGUGUUUCUGUAUGGUUGGCAACAGGACUACUAAUUUAUGGGUUUUAUGGCCGAACUCAUAGUUCUCUAAAAGAUGCAAUUUAUGUGCCAGCAAGUCAAGUUGACGAAAGAUAUCAACCUCCCAGAAGCCAUGCUGCUUAAACUCUAUAGAACUUGGUGUUUAGAGGUUGUUUGACAGAGAUUAAGUUGCAGCUGUACAAGUUGUAUAAAUCCUUGUACAAAAGAAAAUGCUUUCCAAGCUUAGGGCCCUAUAUUUGUUUUCUUCUAGAGAAGAAUGUCAUUAUUUUAUGUAUUAGUUAUAUCUCUUCUUCCUCAUUAAUUAUUUACAAUUUGUAUGAUAUCAUGUAUAAAAAAAUAGUAGGUGACAGUAGUUGUGCACUGGUUGGCUUCUUGUAACAAAAAAUGUAAACAUAUUAUGAAAUUGAUCUUUUACUUAGUUA